CUGCAGACACGUGCUGGGACAAACUCAGGGUCGAUCAAUCUCUAUGAGAGUCACUUCCACAGCAACCAGCAGUCUGGGAUUGUAACAUCUUCUCUGUGGACAGAGUAGUAGCUGACUAUUUCUUUUAAGAAGUCCUUCUGGAGUGAAUAAUAUUUUGGUCAACCAGUGAAGUUUGGUCAGAUCACAGAUAAUCACUUUCUUUGGAGGUGAUAUAGAUGUUUCUGCCGCCACUCAGCGAGGACGCCUACUUUAAAAGGAAGAAACCUCUAGCAGAACGAGACUCAGGAAGGGCAGCCAUCUGCCUCUGCAGGUUGGGGGUUGAGAGGACAAGAAAGAGGAGAGAGCAACAACAGAUCAGGGACAUCUGCUGGGAAGAAGGAACACAGAUAAAUGACUAGUAGAAUGAUGAAAUACGUUUUGGUAACGGGUGGAGUCAUCUCUGGCGUGGGCAAAGGCAUCAUCGCCAGCAGUGUGGGCACAAUCCUCAAGUCAUGUGGUUUGCAUGUAACAGCAAUCAAGAUCGACCCGUACAUCAACAUAGACGCAGGCACCUUUUCACCUUAUGAGCACGGGGAAGUGUUUGUGCUCGAUGACGGGGGUGAAGUGGACUUGGAUUUGGGGAACUACGAACGCUUCCUUGACAUCCGACUGACGAAGGAUAAUAACCUGACCACCGGGAAGAUCUACCAAUCGGUCAUCAACAAGGAGCGGAGAGGAGAUUACCUGGGCAAGACUGUUCAGGUGGUGCCACACAUUACAGAUGCAAUCCAGGAGUGGGUUGUGAAACAGGCCAAAGUGCCAGUAGAUGAUGAUCAAGUAGAACCUCAAGUGUGUGUUAUAGAGCUUGGAGGAACAGUUGGAGACAUCGAGAGUAUGCCUUUCAUCGAGGCCUUCAGGCAGUUCCAGUUUAAAGUGAAGAGAGAGAACUUCUGCAACAUCCAUGUCAGUCUGAUCCCACAGCCCAGUGCGACGGGAGAACAGAAGACCAAACCCACUCAGAACAGUGUGAGGGAGCUCCGAGGGCUGGGCCUUUCUCCUGACCUGAUUAUGUGCCGCUGCGCUUCUGCUCUGGAGAAUUCUGUCAAAGAAAAGAUCUCCAUGUUCUGCCAUGUAGAACCUGAACAGGUCAUCUGUGUGCACGACGUCUCGUCCAUCUACAGAGUCCCUCUGCUGCUGGAGGACCAGGGCGUGGUGAGCUACCUGAGCAGGAGACUCAACAUGCCCAUCGACGCCAAACCCGGGAAAAUGCUGACAAAGUGGAAGGAAAUGUCAGACAGGUCAGACCGGCUGCUGGAGCACUGCUCUAUAGCUCUGGUGGGGAAGUACACCAAGUUCUCCGACUCCUACGCCUCGGUUAUAAAGGCUCUGGAGCACUCUGCGCUGGCCAUCAGUCACAAGCUGGAGGUCAAGUACAUAGAUUCAACGCAUCUGGAGGGGAGCGCUGAGCUGGAGGAGCCGGUGAAAUACCACGAGGCGUGGCAGAAACUCUGCAGCUCCCACGGCGUCCUGGUUCCAGGAGGUUUUGGUGUGAGAGGAACUGAGGGAAAGAUUCUUGCCAUCAACUGGGCCAGAAAACAGAACAAGCCUUUCUUAGGGGUGUGUCUGGGGAUGCAGCUGGCGGUGUGUGAGUUUGCCAGGAACGAGCUCGGCUGGACAGAUGCCAACUCCACUGAGUUCAACCCAGAGACGAAGCAUCCUGUGGUGAUUGACAUGCCAGAACACAACCCCGGUCAGAUGGGUGGCACCAUGAGGCUGGGGAAGAGACGGACCCUGUUUAAAAGCAGCAGCAGUGUCCUGCGCAAACUUUAUGGAGAUGCAGAGUAUGUGGAAGAGAGGCACAGACAUCGCUUUGAGGUCAAUCCUGAGCUGAGGAGCCCCUUUGAAGACAAAGGCUUUCACUUCGUAGGUCAGGAUGUGGAAGGAGAGAGGAUGGAGGUUAUAGAGCUGGAUGAUCACCAGUACUUUGUGGGAGUGCAGUACCACCCUGAGUUCACCUCUCGUCCCAUCAAGCCUUCGCCUCCUUAUCUCGGUUUGCUCCUGGCUGCUGCAGGGAAGCUGCAGAGCUACUUACUGAAGGGAUGCCGCUUGUCUUCACGGGACAUGUACAGCGAGCGCAGCGGCAGCAGCACCCCGGACUCCGAAGUAUCCAACUAGAACAGAGUUCCACUGCAAACGACCCGGAAGUCCCUUCCGCAGUCUCCCGAGAACAUCUUUAGUGUUGCAGUUACUUUUAUAGACGUGAGCAUGUGUAAACUGUUUUAAAGUAUUGUAAAUGAAUAAAGUGCAAAAGUGA